AUGCUGAAAGUCAAGAUGGACGGUCUGAUGAAAGUAUUGCAAUUUCCUCGUGUCCAUGGGAUUUAUGAGGUCGACCCACGUGAUGGCCUUGGGUCACUCAAAGUUUACUGUGACAUUAAAACAAACGGUGGAGGAUGGACUGUAUUUCAAUGGAGAAGGAAUGGAUCAGAAAUUUUUUAUUGCAUUUUGCUUGAGUAUCAACAAGGAUUUGGAGAACUGAAUGGUGAACUCUGGCUUGGAAUUAAUGCAAUUCAUCGACUUACAGUUGAUGUUAGUCUCAGAAAUGACAUGAUGUCGCCAGACAACAGCAAAGCGUACGCAAAGUACGACGAAUUUAGUAUUGCAAAUGCAAAAUCCAAGAAUUUUAUCUACUUUGGACGAUACAGUGAGACAGCAUGUGACGCACUAAAAGUUUACAAAGGAAUGAAAUUUUCUACCCAUGACCAAGACAACGACACGUACAGCAAAAACUGUGCUGUUGAAUUUAGAGGAGCUUGGUGGUAUGUCAACUGUUAUGACAGUAACUUGAAUGGCGAAUACACAUGCGGCAGAUCAGGACAGCACCUCGAUGUUUGGGAACAUUUUCAGGGAACAAAACCUUUACAGAAAGUGGAAAUGAAACUGAAAUGA